AUGGGAACAAUGCACCGGAGUGUUGCUCCUCGAAGAACUAAUGAAAAUGCAAAGGUUAUUAUCACAACGAUCCUCGGAAUACUCUUUGGGACUUUUAUUGGUAUCACAUUACCUUCACUUUCUUUUAAGAUUAACUUACCCUCGGGACUUAUAUCAUCUCUUGAUGUAGCCAUAUCAGAUGGGAAAUUGUUAUCUGGUCACAAUUCCCCUGAGGAUUUCGGUUCAAGAAAAUUUCCUCAGAUAUACGUUCCAACCAACCCGCGUGGUGCAGAACUACUACCUCCAGGAAUUGUUGUGGCAAAAACUGAUUUUUACGUGCGCAGAUUAUGGGGAGAGCCUAAUGAAGAUUUGAAGAAGAAGCCCAAAUAUCUUGUGACAUUUACAGUUGGAUUUGAGCAGCGGAACCAUAUUAAUACAGUUGUUAAGAAGUUUUCUGAAGAUUUUCAAAUUUUACUCUUCCAUUAUGACGGUCGGACGACUGAAUGGGACCAAUUCGAGUGGUCAAAGAGCGCGAUCCAUAUUAGUACAAGAAAGCAAACAAAAUGGUGGUACGCUAAGAGGUUUUUGCAUCCUGAUGUCGUUUCAGCUUAUGAGUACAUAUUUAUAUGGGAUGAAGAUCUUGGAGUGGAGCACUUCAAUGCAGAUAAGUACAUGGAGUUAGUUAAGAAGCAUGAUUUAGAGAUAUCUCAACCAGGUCUAGAGCCCAACAAUGGACUUACAUGGGAAAUGACAAAGAGGCGAGGUGACCGAGAGGUCCACAAAGAUACUAAAGAAAAACCAGGAUGGUGUAGUGAUCCACAUUUACCUCCUUGUGCUGCGUUUGUUGAAAUAAUGGCGCCUGUAUUUUCUCGAGAAGCAUGGCGUUGUGUGUGGCAUAUGAUUCAGAAUGAUCUGGUUCAUGGAUGGGGUCUUGACUUUGCUCUCAGAAGAUGCGUUGAGCCUGCUCAUGAGAAGAUUGGCGUUGUAGAUUCGCAAUGGAUAAUUCAUAAAGUGAUACCUUCGCUUGGAAGUCAAGGUAAGUCAGAGAAUGGGAAAGCUCCAUGGCAAGGAGUGAGAGAGAGAUGCAAAAAGGAAUGGACUAUGUUUCAGAACCGAUUAGCAGAAGCUGAUAAAGAGUAUCUUGGGAGGAUGGUUAGAGGUUAA